GUGCGCCUUGGGAGGGAGAAGGACUGUCGCUGUUUAUAAAGGCAGGCGAGCCAGGCAACGGCUCGUCAGUGAGUGAGCACCAUGUCGAACGGUUCGUUUGUGUCCGAGUUCGGCAGGGCGAACCUGAAUGGGGAAACCCCCAUGAAACACCGGGGCCGGAAGGGAGCCCUGAAGAAGAAGAAUGUCUACGCCGUCAAGGAUCACAAGUUCAUCCCCAGGUUCUUCAAACAGCCCACGUUCUGCAGUCACUGCAAGGACUUCAUCUGGGGGUUCGGGAAGCAGGGAUUCCAGUGCCAAAUCUGCAGUUUCGUGGUCCACAAGAGGUGUCAUGAAUUUGUCACUUUCACCUGUCCCGGCGCGGACAAGGGUGCAGAUUCCGACGUGAGUCCUCGUUGGUUCUUGUUGAAACUAAAAGGAAACAAAACGGGUUCGGGAACGAGCGAUUCCCGAACGAAGCACAAGUUCAAAGUGCACACGUACAGCAGCCCGACGUUCUGCGAUCAUUGCGGCUCGCUUCUCUACGGCGUCCUGCACCAAGGAAUGAAAUGCGAAGGUCUCCGUUCUUUUGCGACCAUUGUGGUUCUCUUGUCUAUGGUCUUUUCCCACAGGCUUGGAAAUGCUCCUGAGGUUAUGUGUGACUCUCAUUUUUCUCCGUGGACGGGGGCAGCAUGUGACAUGAACGUACACAAGCGGUGCGUGGAAAGCGUGCCGAAUUUGUGCGGAUGCGAUCACACGGAGCGUCGUGGGAGGAUCGAGCUCAAGAUCCGGACCUCCAACAAUGGCUCGCGACUCAUUGCGGAAAUUCGUCAGGCGAAGAAUCUGAUCCCGAUGGACCCGAACGGAUUGAGUGAUCCAUACGUGAAGCUAAAACUCAUCCCAGACACAGAUUCAGUGAAGAAAAAGACGAAGACCAUCCGAUCCUGCCUCAAUCCUGUCUGGAAUGAGACCCUCGAGUUCGAUUUGAAGCCGGAGGACAAGGACCGUCGCUUACUGAUUGAGAUGUGGGACUGGGACCGAACGUCUCGGAACGACUUCAUGGGGAGCCUCAGUUUCGGGAUCUCUGAGAUCCUGAAAAGCGCCGUGGAUGGGUGGUACAAGCUUCUGACCCAGGAGGAAGGCGAGUACUACAACGUCCCGGUCCCACCCGAGGGCUCCGACAUCGCCCAGCUCAAGAGUCAGAUGCGGAAGAGUUCGUUUCUGCGAGAGAAGCCCCUGAUGCCGCCGGUGACUCGGGACUCCAACAACCUGAGGGAAAAGGACGUGAUCCGGGCCACGGACUUCAACUUCCUCAUGGUCCUCGGCAAAGGAUCCUUCGGCAAGGUGUUGCUGGCGGAGAGGAAGGGGACGGAGGAGUUGUAUGCGAUCAAGAUCCUGAAGAAGGACAUCAUCAUCCAGGACGACGACGUGGAAUGCACGAUGAUCGAGAAACGCGUCCUCGCCCUUGCCAGCAAACCCCCUUUCCUCGUCCAACUACAUUCCUGCUUCCAGACCAUGGACCGUCUCUACUUUGUGAUGGAGUACGUGAAUGGUGGAGACCUCAUGUUCCAGAUCCAGCAGUGUGGCAAGUUCAAGGAACCCGUCGCUAUCAUCCUGUACCAGCCAUAUGGGAAGUCAGUUGACUGGUGGGCGUACGGAGUGCUGCUGUAUGAGAUGCUGGUGGGGCAGCCCCCGUUUGAUGGAGAGGAUGAGGAGGAGCUCUUUGCUGCCAUUACCGACCACACCGUCUCCUAUCCCAAGGCCCUCUCCAAGGAGGCUAAGGAUGCCUGCAAGGGGUUCCUGACCAAGAACACUUCAAAGCGGCUCGGCUGUGCACCAAAGGGGGAGGAGGAUGUGAGAGUUCACCCAUUCUUUCGUCGCAUUGACUGGGAAAAAAUUGAGAACCGGGAAGUGCAACCCCCUUUCAAGCCUAAGAUUAGACACAGGAAGGACGUGAGCAACUUUGACCGCCAGUUCACAUCAGAGAAGGUGGAGCUCACGCCGACAGACAAGGUUUUCCUCAUGAACCUGGACCAGACAGAAUUUGCUGGCUUCUCCUACCUCAACCCCGAGUUCAUCAUCCACAUAUAAUCGCUCUUGCUCUCACAUUUCCUAUUAUUUCUCUAUUGCAUAUUUUUGUCUAUUACUUUCAGAAGGCCCUCAUGCAUGAUCUGAAAUCUCAUCCAUGUUUCCAUUAGCAUAUUUUCCACUGUUUAUGCUUGCAUUAUUCUCAGCAUGCCUUGGACAUUUUUAUGAGAUAGUAUUCAUUCAAAUAUUUUAAAAAUUUAUUUACAUGUUCCUUUUUCAAAUAAUUCAUAUACACCUAAAAAAGCUUCCCCAAAUUAAAUAUGAGAACCAACCUCACCCAGAUUUUUAUUAGACUUUGGAUGAACCUUUGAUGGUGUGCAGAGGUCCUCAGAGCCACUUUGCAUGAAGAAAUUAUUGUAGCAUGUUAUGGCAUUCUCUGGAAGUUUUCUAAAGUGAAGAUUUAAUAAAGAGUAAAGAUUUCUUAAGAUAUUUUUUCGUGAAUGUUCUACCCAAAGGUGAUGUAAUGUCCAAAUUCACUUGGCUAUUUUUAACCCCUCAAGCCAGUCAUUUUCUUAAGGUUGAAAAUAUGAAAGCCAAAGGCUAUUUUAAGACGAUAAUUAGUUUGCAUGCAUCUAGCUGAUGCAUGCUAAACAUCCCAUUUAACCUAUGUCGAUCAAAUGCUUGGAUGAUUUGAAAUCUCUGCAUUGCAAAUCCCCUCAAUCCUGGGUUGAGGUUGAGACCCUCAAUUGCUCAAUAGUGAAGGGGAUUCCUAUGACAUGCAAGACUCCAUGCAUUGAUGUUUCUUGUGCAAGACCAAUUCACCUUUCCUAUCAUUGUCAUAGGAAUAUUUGAGAGUUUUUAUCAAUAUUUUCCUUGGGCAAACCUUGUAUUUUUCCCUCUAUCUCCUUAAAGACAGGUUGAGGAUUCACAUUGGGCUCAUAGUAUUAUGAUUGUUCUGGGAUGCCUCAUAAAACUUGCUUUCUGCAUUAUAAAUUUCCUAUGAGGUUCAUCCUAAAAUGAUCUCAACAUUAUGAGAACUUUGUCAAUCCUAGCCAUGCACUUUCCACUUUUCAUCAAUAAUAUUGAACAGAUGACUGAAAUGAAAGUGAUUGCUUAACUUUGCUUACUAGUACACUGCAUAUCGAAUUGAGGUGUAUGUAUUUCAUUCCAGCUUGAGGGGUUAAAAAGAAAUUCAUUAUCCUCUUGAAUGAUGUUGAUUGAUCGUGUAUGAUUACAGUUCUUUUAACUUUGUGGGAAGAGCAGCCAUCCACAUAUCCUAAAGCAUUGUUAGGGCUCUUUCUUAACAUUGGAAUAAACAGAAAUGUGAGUAUUACUGCAUGUGGUAAGUGAGUGAUUGUUCUUCCCACGAAGAAGCUUCGCAGAUAUCCUUGCAACCUUGCAGAAGCCCGCGUUCCCAUCCAUUCCUACUCAUGUUCUUUCUUUCCUUCCUCUGCUUGUGAUCUCAAGGUGCAUCCCCUUCCCAAUUUUUUUUUAUUAUCAGAGGCUUCAGAGGAUUUAGAUAGAAGACUUAUUUUGUGUCAAGCCGGCCUUGACCUCCGAGUUGUUGCUUGCCUUGGGAUGACUCGUUUGGCUUCUCUGUAGUAUGUAGUUAGGGCUAGGGGUCUCAAUUGCCAGUUUUUUCUUGAUAAAAAACAUUGUAUAAUGAUAUGUUUUGCAAGGCAUCUAUUGAGGGCAAGGAAUUAUAUCUUUAUGAAGCUUGAAAAUGUUUCAAAUUGAUGUAAUCGAUUCAAAACCAUAUUGGAUUGGAUUAAUCGAUAUUGCAUCUGGAUUUCUUUCAUAUUUGGAAAUACUUGGUCGAUAUCUUUGAAGCUUUGUUUGCUUUGAUUCUAUCAUGGGACACUUGUAGAUAUAAGCAUGAAAUGUGAAGCUUGAAUGACAUCCAUCGCCAAAAUCUUCAGAAAUAUUCUACCUGGAAGUACGGGAGAAAAUGACUUGGUGGAAGAGGAUUUUUCGUGCAUCUUUGAUUGGAAACGUCCCAGCCUUCUCCCAUUGACAUUGCCAAACGGUGUCUGACUUUGGGACUAUAUACCGACUUGUAUUUGACCAGUCGAUGCGAAUGAAACCCAGGAAUCUUUGAGAUUCUCCCACCCCAUCC